CCCGAAAGAAUGGCUCCCGCAAAGAAGGGUGGCGAGAAAAAGAAGGGUCGUUCUGCCAUCAGCGAGGUGGUGACCCAGGAAUAUACCAUCAACAUUCACAAGUGCAUCCAUGGCGUGGGCUUCAAGAAAUGUGCCCCUCGGGAAUUCAAAGAAAUCCUGAAAUUUGCCAUGAAAGAGAUGGGGACUCCAGAUGUGCACAUUGACACCAGGCUCAACAAAGCUGUCUGUGCCAAAGGAAUAAGGAACGACCCAUAUCGAAUUCAUGUGCAGUUGUCCAGAAAACAAGACAAGGAUGAUGAUCCACCCAACAAGCUCCACACUCUGGUCAUCUAUGUACCUGUUACCACUUUCAAAAAUCUACAAACGGUCAAUGUGGAUGAAAACUAA